GGAACCAAACGUGUCUUUACCAGCAACUGAAAGUGAAUGGCUAUGUGUGUUCCAGUUCCUAAAAGUGGAUGUAAUGGCGCUGGUAGACGAUGUAAAGAAAAAAGCCGGCAUGGCCGCUCUCAGAUUUCUGAAUAAAUGUGAACAAAGGUGAAUCCAUAAUACGUGAGAAAAAUGUGAUUAAUCAAAUAUACGACAAUUGAUAAAUUUAUAUAUAAAAAUCGUAAAAAUGUCGCGCCGAUACGGUUCCAGAGGAAUGUUAAAUUCCUUUGCAACGCAACGCAACAGAGAAGAACAACAAACGCAAUCAUCUGCAUCUGGACAAGGAGGAUCUUCCUCACGAAGACCUCCUCCUGGACUUAAAGGAAAGGAAAUAGGACUAUUUUAUAAAAACUUAAACAAAGAGAAACUUAAACAAAGAGAGAAAAAAAAUAAUUCUCCAGUUUUCAGAUUAUUACCUCAUAUAGAGGAAAGGAUUAAAACUAUUUUAAAUAAUUCUAAGAGCUUUCGCAGUUUCAUUUUUGACGAAAGGUCUAACUCUGAACAUGAUGACAAGUAUCAUCAUAUUCAUGAUUCUCAAUUUAAAAGAAAGUUUUUAGAAAUUAUAAAUGGUGAUAUAGAACACAAUCUUGCCAAGGCUAUUAGUAUGGAAUCAGAAUUGCAAAGAAAUAGUGAUAUUGACAAAAUAUUAUUAAAUGAAUUUAAAGAUAAGCAAAUUCAAAGUGAUUAUCAGAAUAUGUUAAAAUUUCGAUUAAAGUUACCAGCGUAUCAUAAGAAAUCAGAAAUAUUACAAUUAGUUAAAGAUAAUCAAGUUGUUGUCAUUAGUGGAGAAACUGGAUGUGGCAAAACCACUCAAGUAGCGCAAUUUAUAUUGGAUGAUCAGUUAGAAGCUGGAAAUGGCAGUAUUACUCGAAUAGUUUGCACACAGCCCAGGAGGAUUUCAGCUAUUUCUGUUGCUGAACGAGUAGCUGCGGAAAGAGCGGAAAAGCUUGGAAAAUCCGUGGGCUAUCAGAUACGACUUGAAAAAAUUCCAACGCGGGAGCAAGGAAGUAUAUUGUUUUGCACAACUGGUAUAUUAUUACAAUUUAUGAAGACUGAUCCAGCAUUAAAAAACUUCUCUCAUAUAAUAUUAGAUGAAAUUCAUGAACGUACCACGGAAAGUGAUUUCAUUAUUACAUUAUUAAAAAAAAUUAUUCCAAAAAGAACCGAUUUAAAAAUUCUCUUGAUGAGUGCAACAUUAAAUUCUGAACGUUUUUCGAAAUAUUAUAAUGAAUGUCCAAUGAUACAUAUACCAGGAUUUACCUAUCCAGUUCAAGAAUUUUAUCUAGAGGAUGUCUUGUCAUUUACACAAUUUAAAUUUCCCGAAGCAUCAGAACCUACAGUUUACAGAAAAUAUUUAAAAAGAUAUAAAGAGCAGCAACAUAAGAAAGACGAAUUUUUAGAUAUAAUACAACCUUACAUUAGACAACUUAGAACUGAGAUGAAAUAUGGAGAACAUGUUUUUAAUCAAUUACGGAAUCCAAAUAGUGAAAAUCUUUCAUUGGAACUUAUAGAAAAGUUAGUUAGAUAUAUCUGUAAUAAAAAAGGUCCUGGAGCUAUUCUUAUUUUUCUACCUGGCAUGAUGGAUAUAUCACAAUUAAAUAGAAUGAUGUUAGAUUCUGGAUGUUAUCCACCCAACAAAUACAUUAUCUAUCCUCUCCAUUCACGUAUGCCGACGAUUGAUCAAAAACUUAUAUUUAAAGAGCCGCCUAAUGAUAUUCGUAAAAUAAUCAUUGCAACUUCUAUUGCUGAAACAUCAAUAACUAUAGAAGAUGUGGUGUAUGUAAUAGAUUGUGGGAAAACAAAACUUGGAAGAUUUGAUGUAAAAAAUAACAUUCAGACUUUAGAGCCUGAAUGGGUAUCUUUAGCUAAUGCCAAACAAAGACGCGGUAGGGCCGGCAGGGUUAAAAGUGGGGAAUGUUAUCACUUGUAUUGCAAAGUUCGAGAAAUGACAUUUGAUCAAUAUCCAUUGCCAGAGAUGUUGAGAACGCGUUUAGAAGAGGUAAUUUUGCAAAUAAAAAUCCUGCAAUUAGGAAAAGCCAAAGAGUUCCUAGCUAGCGUCAUGGAUCCGCCAGAUUUGAAAGCUAUUGAUCUGUCUCUGGAUUUACUUAGAACACUUAACGCUCUAGAUAAAGAAGAGCAUUUGACUCCUUUGGGUUAUCAUUUGGCACACCUGCCACUUGAUCCUAGAACAGGAAAAAUGAUCCUUUGGGCGGCACUGUUCUCUUGCAUCGAACCAAUAUUUGCUAUUGCUGCUAGUCUCACCUUUAAAGAUGCUUUUUAUUGUCCAUUGGGAAAAGAAGAAGAAGCUAAUAAAAAAAAGUUAGAACUCAGUAUGGGAGAGUACAGUGAUCAUAUUGCUCUCGCAGAAGCUUUAAGAAGAUUCGAAGUUGCGCGCCGAAGAGGAAAUGCUGGACAAUUCUGCCGAGAAUAUUUUCUCUCUUUCAACACAUUGAAACUUCUGUCCGAAAUGAAAACUCAAUUUGCACAGUAUUUAUAUGAAAUGAAAUUUCUAGACAAUGAUAAUCCGGGCGAUAGAAACGCUAACAGAAAUUCAAAUAACAUAGCGUUGAUAAAAGCUAUUGUUUGUGCUGGAUUGUAUCCUAACAUUGCUGUUAUAAGAAGAAUUACUAAAAAUGGAGCAGUUGGUUGGACACCAGAAGAUGGAAGUGUACGUACGCAUCCGUCGAGCGUAAAUUGUAAAGCUUCCAAUUUUCCUAGUCAAUAUUUGACAUAUUUUACAAAAAAACGUUCCACCGCUAUAUAUUUACAUGAUACUACUUGUAUAAGUAUUCCAAUUUUAUUAUUUACUGGACCAAAUAUAUUGAUAAGACGAGAAAAAGGAAAAUGUAUAAUUAGUAAUUUUAAUUUUUCUGAAAAUAUUAUUUGUGAACCACAAACUGCGGAAGUGAUUCAGGAACUUCAAUACGCUCUAAAUUCUUUAUUGGAAUAUAAGAUUACUCAUCCAGCAACAGUACUUUGGUCAACAUUUGAAGGACAAAUAUUAAAUGCAAUCAUUGAAUUAAUAUCCCAAAAGGAUCAAGAAAUGGGUUAUAAUAAUGAUGAAGAUUUUACAUAUUACAAUUCCGAUUGAUAUUUAUAUUGUAUAUAUUAAUUUAUUUAAUUAUCAAUAUAUGUUGUGUAUAGCUACUUCCACAUAUAUUGUCCCGGAAAUAUAAAAAGACAAACUAUUAAAAAUUUUACAUUAUUUUAAAACAGUUUUUUUUUUAUUAAUUUCACGGAAUAUUUUUUAUUAUUAUCAUACGCA